UCCAAGAAAUUUGAUAUAGGGUUGAAUAUUCAUUGGAACCCUAGAAUUUGAAUUCAACCAUUCGAAUUGUCACUUGGCAUAAGCACACAGCUCAUAGAAUGGAGAAGAGAACAACGGAGCCUAAGUCCCUCAAGAAAGGGGGAGGACGUCCUGUCCAAAAAUCUCCAUCCACAGUAGCAUAGAUAGCCCCAAGAGGGCGGUGGGUUCAUCGACUCCGACGAUUCUCUUCUAGUUUUGUCGAUAUUGUUGCCAUCAAAUCCGAUCAUUCGUGGCUAUAAAUCGAUAUAUUCCUACUCUUUACAUGACGUAUAGGCCUCCCACGGCACCGGAGUUGCAGCCCGAAAUUCCUCAGAGCCUCAACAUCUUUUUUCAAUUCGUGCCCAAAUCGAUAUUUGCUAUAUUAUCCAUACAUUAUUUUCUUCUUUCUUGUUUACGCUGACAACGGAUUGAAACCCUGAAAAAUUUGGAAUUUUUGGUUUUAAUAAUUGUUUUUGGGAAAUCUAGGGUUUGCUAUUUGUCAGUGAACUUUAAAGGUUGAUAUCACAAGAGACGGAUAGAGAUGGCGGCCAAUGGGCAGGGGAUAGAGCCUGCCGUCUUAGAUGACAUUAUCAAUCGCUUGUUGGAGUUUCGGAAUGCGAGGACUGUGCGCCAGGUACAGCUCUCCGAUAAUGAAAUCCGCGCUCUCUGUACGACGGCGCGUGAAAUCUUCCUGUCCCAGCCCAAUCUCCUCGAGCUCGAGGCCCCUAUCAAGAUCUGCGGUGACAUUCAUGGGCAAUAUGGGGAUCUUCUAAGGCUUUUUGAAUAUGGGGGAUUUCCUCCGGAGGCCAAUUAUCUAUUCUUGGGGGACUAUGUAGACCGCGGCAAACAGAGUUUAGAAACAAUAUGCCUUCUUCUUGCCUACAAAAUCAAAUACCCUGAGAAUUUUUUCCUCUUAAGAGGGAAUCAUGAAUGCGCUUCUAUUAAUAGGAUAUAUGGAUUCUAUGAUGAGUGUAAACGCCGUUUCAAUGUGAGGCUCUGGAAAGUUUUCACUGACUGUUUUAACUGCCUUCCUGUGGCAGCUCUUAUAGAUGAUAAGAUACUCUGCAUGCACGGUGGUCUUUCUCCUGAUCUAACAAACUUGGAUCAAAUAAGAAAUUUACCUCGUCCAACAGAUAUUCCUGACACUGGUCUGCUUUGUGAUUUACUUUGGUCUGACCCUAGUAGAGAAAUUAAAGGUUGGGGGAUGAAUGACAGGGGAGUCUCGUACACUUUUGGUCCAGAUAAGGUGGCUGAAUUUCUCAUGCAGCAUGAUAUGGACCUUGUUUGUCGUGCUCAUCAGGUUGUAGAAGAUGGAUAUGAAUUUUUUGCUGAAAGGCAGCUUGUUACAAUAUUUUCAGCUCCUAACUAUUGCGGCGAAUUUGAUAAUGCUGGUGCUAUGAUGAGUGUUGACGAGAGUUUGAUGUGCUCAUUUCAGAUCCUGAAACCAACGGAUAGAAAACGGUUCUUGUGAAGCAAGUUUUGGUAACUGUCUCCCAACUUCUCUAGGAAUUUCCAGAAUGUACUGGCUUCUUGAUUUUGUAGAACCUGGCAACAUGAAUGUGAUACUAUGGUAUUACGCGAUGGGAAUGAAUUAGAAUCUUGUUCAAGUGUUGGUUCCUCCUGCGGAAACCCUGAAAGCUUCGGAGGCAACGUUUGCUCAACUGGUUCAAAGUGCUGUAUUUCUUUUCAAAAAGAAUUUCAUUUUAUAUCUUUCUUGACGCAAUUUAUGAUUGAUUGUGUAAAUACACUUUGUUUGUAAAUUGCGGUGCAAUUGUAGUGUUCCGAUUUUCGCAAAGUUGCCUCCUCUUGAACACUGUUCUGAUGAAUCCCCAAAACUGUAACAUUCGACGUAAUGUACUAUAACUAUUUUCGCAGAAUGGUCUGCUAUCAGAGUCGGAUAGGAAUUUGAUUGAAGCUA